GUCAAAUUUGUUGUAUAACAUGAUGUUUUGGUGCUUAAUUUGUAAAAUCACAAUCUAAUUCGAUGUUUAAUAGGCUUUUCCUUAAUGCCUCCUUAUUAUCCAACAUAUUCGCCUAUCCAACGUUCUGCCGGCCCGUUUACGUUGAAUAAGUGAGAUUCUACUGUACUCAACUUUUUUGGCCAAAAUAAGGGUGCACAUUAGAUUUGAUGGUGCAUGAGACUCAAGGAAAGCCUUUGACAACACAAAAUAGGCCCUGUAGGUUUGUUUUUAAGCUGAACUUAUAUGUAAGUCAGAACAGAGACUUUUUAAGUGUUACUCCAGCCAAAUACACAUACACAUAUACACGUAUACAUCCUCUGUUUGACUGGACCUCCCUUCCCUGUCCCACAUGAGCACCCGUUCCCUCCCCUUAAUUCCAUAAAUAUUCUUGAGUUUUAAUAUAAUUCUGUUUAUGGCUUUUAGCUUAGCUUAAAUUCUUAAGUUAAUUAUCUUAAUGUCCUUAAUGUCCUAACAAUGAAACGCCUAUUUUAAAUUUUUAAAUCUCUUAACCCAUAACUCAGAUAUGCUUGUAAGGGACCAUGUCCUUCUUCUCUCGAACUGGUCAUUGACCGUAAUAAAUGAACUUGACACAUAGCUUUGGUCAGACCUCCCCCGGAGGAAGAUUGUGUCCAGUUCUUAAUUCAUGGAGGAUGUGGACAAGCUAAAUUAAACGUUAGGGCCCUAAACUGAUUCCUAUCCAUAGAUGAAGCCAGACGGGAACAGGAUUUCCUGCACUGAAGAAAAUAUGUGUGAAAUCAAUUGAAUUUCUUCUCUCUCUGAGGCUCCCCGCUGCUUUGGGAUGAAAGCCCAGCAGUUUUACAGCCGGCCUGGCAGACCUCUCGGCUUUUGAAAACAAAAGGUCCCCUCCGUAAACUCUGUCCCCAGGCAGGGAAAAAAAGAACUUCUGUUCCGUUAAUUGUCGUUGUCACAACAACAACACAGACAAGGUGCCAAGUGCCCCCUUUCCCAAGGAGAGAGACCCCAGAAAAAAUAUCAACUCACAAGGACAUAGAGGAUUGCAGGAGCAGCCAUGGGAAAGGGAAAGGACUGUUUGCCCAAAUGAGAGUCUGGCCCCCCAAGAGACCCCCUGAGUGAGAAGUGUGGGGAAAUGAAGAGAAAUUCCAGCAGGGAGGCAAUUUUUUUUUUUUGGGUGGAGCAAUUCUCUCAUCUGCCUCGCAUACACUCCUUUGCAGAGGGCUUUCAGCCCAAAAAUAAUCAGUAAAAGAAAAGAAGAGCUUGCUUGUAGACUGGAGGAAAGAAGGGAAGGGAAGAAGAAGACAAGGAGGGAGAGAGGAGGAAGGAAGAAAGAAAGGACUCUGCGGAUUUCCCAGGCAGGAAGCAGCCAGGCUUUGAAGCUGCAAGGCUAUUCAAUGCUAAUCACGCUGCUGAAACUUUGGAACAAAUUCCGAGUCUCCAACAUCCCGUCGCUGAUAUUUAUAGAUGCCACCACUGGGAAAGUCAUCUGCCGGAAUGGACUCCUAGUAAUCCGAGAUGACCCAGAAGGUUUGGAGUUCCCUUGGGGCCCCCGGCCAUUCAGCGAGGUGGUUGCUGGCCCGCUGCUCCGGAAUAGCAGCCAGUCCCAGGACAGCAGCCUCUUGGAGGGCUCCCACGUGGGGGUUUACUUCUCGGCACACUGGUGCCCUCCUUGCAGAAGCCUUACCCGGGUUCUCGUGGAGUCCUACCGGAAAAUCAAGGAGGCCGGACAGAAGUUUGAGAUCGUCUUCGUGAGCGCAGAUAGGUCGGAAGAGUCUUUCAAACAGUAUUUCAGUGAGAUGCCUUGGUUGGCCAUUCCGUAUCCCGAUGAGGCUCGUCGUUCACGUCUUAACCGGCUUUACGGCAUCCAAGGGAUCCCGACCCUCAUCAUCCUGGAUCCCAAGGGGGAGGUGAUCACCCGCCAAGGCCGGGUCGAGGUGCUGAACGACGCCGAGUGCCGGGAGUUCCCCUGGUACCCCAAGCCCGUCCUGGAGCUGACUGACUCCAAUGCCGUCCAACUGAACGAAGGCCCCUGCUUGGUCCUCUUUGUAGAUUCCGAUGACGACGGCGAAUCCGAGGCGGCCAAGCAGCUGAUCCAGCCCAUCGCCGAGAAAAUCAUUGCCAAAUACAAAGCCAAAGACGAAGAGGCACCGCUCCUGUUUUUCGUGGCUGGAGAGGACGACAUGACUGACUCCUUGCGGGAUUACACCAACCUCCCAGAGGCCGCCCCGCUCCUCACCAUCCUGGACAUGUCGGCUCGCGCCAAGUACGUCAUGGACGUGGAGGAGAUCACGCCCGACAUCGUCGAGGCCUUUGUGAACGACUUUCUGGUGGACAAACUGAAGCCCGAACCCAUCUAAAGCGGAGUGGCGCUUUCCCUCCUUGGACUUUAUUUAAAAGAAUAAUAAUUGCCAAACUCGGUGCAGAAACCCAACUCUUUAUCUCAACAGUCUUUCGAAAAAUACUCCUCUCGAUUCGACUCUUCUAAAGGUGCUGAAGAUACGGGGAGGCUCCUUGUGUCUGGGCUUCAACGCAUCAGAGAGAUCUUCUCACAGGGAUGUCAUCCUCGCUUUAAAUACAGCAACGCUUGGGGUUCACCGUGCCCCAAACCCAUACGAGACAAAGCAAUACGCCCAGUAGUGGCUAAGAAAGAAGUAUGUCUGCAUUGACUGAUGCAACUUGUUGCUGUCGAGUUUCUUUUGUUCGAGGGGAAAAUGUCCUUCAACUUCUCUGCGACAAAAAGAAGCACCCUCAUGAACCAUACACCCACAUUUCCCCAUAUGUCAACAACAAAAGAAAUCUUCAGAAGGUGGGCCAUUUUUCCAUUUCAGCCCCAAAGCUAAGCCAGGAUCUUACAGCCGAUUGGACUCUUUGACGCCGGUUUCUAUUUCUUUGCCUUGUCGAACUUUUCUCGCUUCUGGGUUGAAAGUAGCGAAAGAGGGAGAGGUAUAUUGUGUCCAAAGACUUAGCAGAAAAGGUAAGUGGGGGGUAACUUUAGACACAGCUGUCAUCAUUGAAGCACAGAAUCCAAAGUCCCGUUGGAUGUUCAGGAUCAUGAAACUAGCCUUGAAUCCCAGGAUUAUUUUGGGUAUUUUGCCCCUUUCGCCUUUCCUCUUCCAUGAUCACCCUAUUUGUACUCAAAGCAGGCAGUGGGGAAAUGGUAAAAAACUGUACAUGGCAAUGGGAAAUUUGUAAUAAAAACCAUUCUGGUAA